AUGGAUGGUUUGUCCGGUCAAACAAUAAACACCUUGUAUGGGUAUAGCCGGAAUCUCUGCUGUACUCGUAUUCUCCACUGUAAGAAGUUUUCUGCAGUAGGAGUUGCUGCCGCUGUUCAACUUGAGACACCGACUCCAGUGACACUUUCACGGAGAAGAAUGUCUAAUACGUGGGUUUCAUAUCUGCAUGCCGUUUUACAGUUGUGUGCAAGAAACAAAGCAUCCAUCCAAGGCAAAGCAUGCCAUGCACGGGCAAUCCGUUUUGGGUUGCAAGAAGACACUACAACAUCCAACAUUCUCAUUAACGUGUAUUGUAAAUCUGGUCUUUUGUCCAGCGCCCGCAAAGUGUUUGAUGGAAUGCCUGCACGAAGCUUGGUUUCUUGGAAUACCUUGAUUGGUUCAUACGCCCAAAAUGGGGAAGCCCAUGAAGCAUUAAGUCUUUUCAAGCUUAUGCAAAGGAAUGGAAGCUCGUUUAGUGAAUUCACCAUUUCAAGCGUUGUUUGCGCCUCUGUUGCAAUUUGUGCUGUUUUUGUGUGCAAACAGCUGCAUGGUUUUGCUAUAAAGGCUGCUGUUGAUUCAAACGUAUUUGUGGGAACUGCAUUGGCUGAUGUUUAUGCAAAGUCUGGCUUGGUAAAGGAAGCUAGUCGGGUUUUCGAGAGCAUGCAAGAGAGGAGUGUUGUUACAUGGAGUUGUAUGGUGGUUGGGUACGUUCAAAAUGAGCUUUUUGAGGAGGCUUUAUUGUUGUUUCAUAGAGCUCAGAAAAUGGAAGUAGAACAUGAUCAUUUUAUACUCUCUUCCAUUAUAUGUGGAUGUGCAGGCGUAGCUGCUUUGAUUGAAGGAAAACAGGUACAUGCCAUUAUAUCUAAAACUGGAUUUUGUUCUAACAUAUUUGUAGCUUCCUCUCUUAUAGACCUGUAUGCUAAAUGUGGUAGCGUCGAAGAGGCUUACACCGUCUUCACUAAUGUAGAAGACAAAAAUGUUGUUUCUUGGAAUGCAAUGAUUUCUGGUUUCGCUAAACAUGCGCGUGCCUUGGAGGCAAUGAUUUCAUUUGAGAAAAUGCAGCAGAUGGGUCUUUACCCUAAUGAAGUGACAUAUAUUUCUGUGUUAUCUGCAUGUAGUCAUAUGGGUUUGGUUGAUGAAGCAAAGAGCUACUUUGAUCUCAUGAUAACAAAGCACAAUAUAUCACCCAAUGUCAUUCACUAUUCAUGCAUGGUAGAUACUCUUGGUCGGGCAGGAAUGAUUUCCGAAGCUUAUGAUUUGAUACAGAGAAUGCCCUUUGUUGCCACUGCUUCUAUGUGGGGUUCACUUUUAGCUUGUUGUAGAUUCCAUGGGAAUCUUGAAAUGGCUGAGAUAGCAGCUAAGCAUUUAUUUGAGAUGGAACCUGAUAAUGCCGGAAACUAUAUUCUGCUCUCGAAUAUAUAUGCUGCGAAUAAAAAGUGGGAGGAAGUUGUAAGAGCAAGGAAGUUUCUUAAAGAAAAUGUGGUGAAAAAUGAAAAGGGUAAGAGUUGGAUUGCAGUCAAAGACAAGGUCCAUAAAUUUAUGGUUGGAGAGCUAAAUCACCCAAGAAUUGCUGAAAUUUAUUCCAAAUUAGAUAGUUUGGUGGAGGAGGUGAAAAUCCUUGGUUAUAAAUUUGAGACUGAACAUGAACUUCAUGAUGUGGAAGAGAGUAGAAAGCAAGAACUUUUGAAGCACCAUAGUGAGAAACUAGCGCUUAGUUUUGGGCUGCUUAGCCUACCUGCUAGUGCCCCAAUAAGAAUAAUGAAGAAUCUUAGGAUUUGUGGGGAUUGUCAUUCUUUUAUGAAACAUGCAUCUAGCAGCACGCAGAGGGAAAUCAUUGUUAGGGAUAUAAACAGGUUUCACCAUUUUAGAAAAGGUCGUUGCUCUUGUUGUGAUUUUUGGUGAUCUAUAUUCUCUAGUGUCAUGGCCAGUUCUGGUAUAUAACAAGUUUACUGGUUUAGACACUCCAUCUACUGUUUUGAGACGAGUAUGGGAGACAACAUCCGGCCAUUCAUCAUAUAUGCAGCGUUUUGGUGCAAUAGGACUGCUAUUUUGCAGUUUUGGCUCUCUCCUCCAUCGUUAUUUAUGGUCAAUAUUUAUCGCAAUUGACUUUAAUAACAUUCAUUAUGUCCACA